UUCCAGUAAACUUGGAGAAAAAGAAAGGCAGUUUCCUAAUAAUUCGUGUCCCGGUCAACAGCUAUCCAAACACAGCCCUGAGGGAACCAGCUACUUUUGGUGCACCUACAUCAACCAAUAAACUAUUGCCACGUCAUCUGAUUUCGAAUAAAAUGAAAUUUUCUCCACCGUUUACAAUUUAAUUUCUGGUUCAGCAAACCGGUUUUCAUGAAUAUAUUAAUACAUUCCAGAUCAGUCUUUUGAACUUGGGGUUUUUGUCUUGAACUGCCAAAAUGAAUCACUCGGCGGCGAGAUCAUUGAUGAAGAGUCUGAUCGGCGGCGGCAACUACGGCCGCCACGUGACGUCGGGGUUACGUGCCGUGGCGCCGUUUGAUGCGUCGGCGGCGGCCGCCGGUUACCAGUCGCAGGGGUUAAGUAUGGUGUUGAUACGGUGGGGACGGAUGAUGAGCACGGCGCCGGAGUCCUCUUCUCCGACUUCGGUGGUGGUAGGGAAGGACGAGAAACGCGACGGUGCUGUGGCGACGGAGAAAGGCGGCGGCGGCGGCGCCGUGGUGGUUUCGAGCUAUUGGGGGGUUUCUAGGCCUAAAAUCACCAGAGAAGAUGGCACGGAGUGGCCUUGGAACUGCUUCAUGCCAUGGGAAACUUAUCAGGCAGACGUAUCAAUCGAUCUUAGCAAGCACCAUGUUCCGAAGACGUUUGCUGACAAAGUGGCAUAUCGGACAGUGAAACUUCUUAGGAUGCCCACAGAUUUGUUUUUCAAGAGGCGGUACGGGUGUCGUGCAAUGAUGCUUGAAACUGUGGCCGCCGUUCCUGGUAUGGUGGGAGGAAUGCUGUUGCAUCUGAGAUCUCUGCGCAAGUUUCAGCAGAGCGGUGGUUGGAUUAAAGCACUGCUCGAAGAAGCCGAAAACGAGAGGAUGCACUUGAUGACUAUGGUGGAGCUUGUGCAGCCAAAGUGGUACGAAAGGUUUCUGGUUCUCACUGUUCAGGGAGUCUUCUUCAACGCCUUCUUCACACUCUACCUUCUCUCUCCAAAACUCGCACAUCGAGUUGUCGGCUAUUUAGAAGAAGAGGCCAUACAUUCGUAUACUGAGUACUUGAAGGACAUUGACGAUGGCAAGAUUGAAAAUGUCCGUGCCCCUGCUAUUGCUAUCGACUACUGGAGGCUCCCCAAAGACGCAACUCUCAAGGAUGUUAUCACUGUCAUCCGCGCUGACGAGGCGCAUCACAGAGAUGUCAACCAUUUUGCUUCUGAUAUUCAUUUCCAGGGGAAGGAGUUAAGAGACGCGCCAGCACCUGUUGGAUACCAUUAAUGGAGGUCGUUUUUUCGUUAUUUUUCAUUAUUGCUAAAAAAACGAUUUAGGUAUGUUACAUGUGUCAAUGUUUUAAAAUGAUGAGAGGCAGUUUGAGAACUUAUUAUUCAUGCUUUAAUAUGGUAAUAUACUCUGAAAUAAACAACCAUUAAUUGGUUAAUAAUGAUGAAGUGUGUGUGUGAUUAUUAAAGCCUUUAAUUCUAGUUUUA